AUGCCCGCCGUACCAGAACCCUACGAUGCGUUGAUCGCCGCGCAAAUAGAGGAGAUGGUGGCUUCCCGCGACCACAGGCUCCGCUCGCGACAGCCUGCUCUCGACUUGUCCGCCAAUGCGCCACAACGAGCACCAAUCGCCAAGCGCCAACAGAUGGUCAUCCAGCCAGGCAUAAUACCGACCUACUACAAUCUCUCGGGUCCCACACCAGGCACUGUUGUUGGCAUCGUGCUCGGCAGUGUCGCUGGCUUCCUCUUGAUCGUCUGGCUACUCUACUCCAUCACCAACGGUACCACCAGAUCUGGCAACGCGACCGCCAUGGCUGGUGAGGAGGAAAUCGUAGUCCGGCGACGACGCAACUCACAUGGCACUACGUCGCGGCCACGGAGCAGUCGCCAGAUGCGCGAGGUCAGCAGGAGUCCACGAAGGAGUAGCGGAAGGAGUCAGAUUAUCGUCGAUGAGAGGAGGCCGCCGACGAGGACAAGGAGCAUCAUUGUCGAGGAGAGGCACAGGGUGCCGGGGGAUGAUGUGGUCGAGGUCAUCGAAGAGCAUGAGGACUAUCGCGAGCGGAGGGGGAGCCGUAGAUAUCGGUGA